AUGAAGAUCUCUAGCGGGCUCUUUGGAGUCCUGACUCUGCAUUGUGCACAGUCAUGGGCGCUGUCCGGAGAGGCGAAAGCAAUGGUAGAAGACUCAACGGCGUGGAUGGACAAAUUCUACGACCCAAAGAUCUCCCAGCUAUAUGACCUUGAAUCCAAGGCGGCUAUGAACCACGAGACACUAGCCUCUACUUGGUAUGCUGUCGGACUUCUUGCACGAAACGGCGACGGCGAUGCCUCAAAAGCUGAAGGUAUCAUCAAAUACAUUAUCAACGACCAACAGAAGAACCCCAAAGACUUGUGGUACGGCGAUUAUACGCGAGAGCCGGAGGAGCCAACUGUUGGAACGUCAUGGUACCCCGCUCGUGCGUACGGUUCAUGGGACCCCAACUGGCGAGGUUUCGUCGGUCUCAGCUUCAUCACGAUAUAUGAAGAGUUCGGGGACCUGUUGUCUGGCGAUUUGAAGGCGCUUAUGCUCGAGAGUCUUCACAACUGCAGUAUCGGCGACUCAUACCGGAAUGGCGGCAUCAACGGAGACAACCUCUAUCCAUCUUAUAGUAAUCCCGCAAUCAUGCGUGCAAUCGGGACAAGCUGGACUGGUCGCCAGAUAGGCGACGACAACAUGACACAGGCUGGAGAGGAUUAUGCAAAGGAGAUUAUCGACCUCUUCGACAUGCACGACACACUUUCUGAGUUCAACUCAGCUACCUACACCGGCAUUUCACUCUUUGGUCUUACGCUAUGGUGUAAAUAUGCUCAUGAGAAUAGCAUUCUUUCCAAAAGAGGUCCUGAUCUUCUGCGCGGUGUCUGGAAUUACACAUCACAACUCUGGAAUCCCAAGAUGCGGAAUCUCGCUGGUCCAUGGGACCGUUCAUACUCCCUCGACAUGACCAAGUCUCUUGGUAUCCUAUCGCACUUUCUAGCACCCAUUAUUGGGAGGAAGGAAGCAGGUGUAUGGCAGUAUCCCGAGGCUAUGAGCCAUGCUCGUGACUGGGCUUGGGCGCCACUGAUUGCCGUUCACUCGGAAUUCCACAACUCAUUGCUUUCGGAUGAUGUGAAAGAGUCACUGAAGACUCUUGAUGGAGAGAAGAUAUACAACGGGAAGGCCUACUAUCCACCCUACGAUCUUGAUACCCGCAAUAUCACGGCGUGGCUAAGCGAGUCCCUGAUGAUCGGAGCUCAGUCGUAUCGAACAAAGAGCGCAAACGGACCCUCUAACAACAAGGGACAGUUCCAUCCCGCUGUUGCACACUGGGCUUAUGGAAAUGAUAACAUCGGAUGGCUUAGUCUUCGUCCUACGGAGGCUCAUGUCCUGAUGCAAGUCUCGCCCAACAAGCUAAAAGUGACUUAUCCAAAGGGUACCAGCAGCUCUGUUUUCACUUUUAUCGUCUCUCCAUCACUUGCGAAGAGGGAUGUCAAGUCUUGGGCUGACAUUCAGGGCAUCUCGAUCUAUGUCUCUGGAAACACGAACCCAGUUCCGCAAAUCACAUUUGCUGGCCGGUAUGGAGGUUCAGGAAGUCCUAUCUACGAUCAGAAUUAUUGGAAUUUUGUGCAUACUAUGCCCGCUGUGUUUGAGGGCAAUCCUGAGAUUACUAUCGAGUUUGAAUCAGCGAGUGCCGAGAAUCAUCUUCUUACUGAUAAUAGACAAGCUGAAAGUAGCUAG